GCCAGCGCAUCCAGGCGUAUUCCGCUUAUUUGCGACGCAAUAGUUGGCAAACUUGUUGUAUCUGUUGCUGCUGUCAUCGCUGUCGACGCGAAGAUGACUGCACGGGCCCUAGUACUACUCUUGGGCUGCCAGCUGAGCACCGCUCUGCUGGCACCAACCCGACGCGUGCGCACGCCAGCGGCGCUGCGAGCUGUCAGUGACGAUGCCACGGUGCUCUUCUUGCACGGCGACGGCGUUUCGAAGGUAUACGGCGCGUCGAGCCCGCGACCAAAUCCAGCUCACGCCACCGUAGCGUCUCAACUCGCGAGACGCGUGGGGCACUUCGACGCAAAGGUGAGCGGCACGACGGACGCGGCGGCCGGCGACGUCGUGAUUGGUCUGGGCGUGACGGACGUCUCAAAGACGAAGGCGACGCUGGCGCGGCUCCAGCCGUCGUGCUUCGUGGCGGACGACGAGUGCUCGUCGGACGUCAAAGCGCUCGCGUUCUGCGCGGGGUGGACACCGGGCGCCGCCAGCAUUUUAGAUAAACUGCAGAAGGCCCUCCCGUUCACGACGAAGGCGAGUCGCGCGCGACUGCUGGCGCAGAGCGAAUUGCUCCUGGCUCGCGGUUCCUCCGAGGACGCGCUCUUCGCCGCAUUGUUCCUUGUGCACGCACUGGUGCGGCCGUGCGCCGUGGUCGCGAGCGACAUCAAUCCUAGCUGGGAGAAAGGAGUCGUGAGGAACCUCCAGGAGUUCAAGACCAUGACCGACUGCUGCGGCCCGCAGAUCGCGGCGGCGCUGAGCGACCCGAAGACGAAGUCGGCCAUCGACGCGCUCAACGCCGUGGAUUUGAGGGAUCAGGUCGGGUCUUACCGAGUGAUCGUGUCCAACGAGACCCCACAACUGGAGGAGUUCUCGCUGUGCAUCCUGCAGCAGAACAAUUGUUUCCAAUCCGAUGCGCCGAUCCUGACUGAACCAAAAGUACCUGUCCUCUCUCAGUGGCGCGGCCGGCCCGUCGACCUCGAGGCGGCGCGGCAGAUCUUCAUCGGCCACCUCGAGGACCCCGCCUCGGCGUCUUCUAAACAGCCGUGGUCCUGGAAGAUUGUGGUGGGUGCGAACCCGGCCUACGACGCGUUUCCGAUGCAGCACCAGAUCUUCUACCCGACCAAGAGCGGCGAUGGGCUCUGGUAUGACCCUGUAUUCUGCGUCGAGACGCUGCAGGGCGAGCUGGUCUGGACCGGUGCGGAAAUCGCUCAACCCCACGCCAUCGCCGCGACGGGUUCCACACAGGUCUGGACGAAGCGCCACUACCGAUGCGUGCCCCGCGGCGGCGUGCCGGGAUUGUGGACCUUGACGACGCUCGACAAUGGCAUCGUCAGCGAAGAACAUUGGACGACGGUCGACGCGGCCGAUGAUCUCAGUUGGGCCGUCUUCCACUAUUCGGGUGCCGCGCGCAAGGCCGGCCAGUCGUAUCAGGGCGCGCUGCUCUGCUCCGAGGACGGGCUCUGGCCGGCCGGCGAUGCGGAGCGUAUCGAGGCGGCGCUAGCUGCCUGUGGCUUAGAACUCUGGGAAAUGUACGGCCACGGGCCCGACGCGACGCAGAUGUGGUCGGACAAGUACACGCGCUGGAAGGACAACCACCCGCCGCCGCUCGAGCGCAUCGGGGACAUGACGAUCACGGCGUGGCGCAAGCGUGAAAGGGAGGCGGCGGUGUCUCGGUAGGUGAGUAAUGUGG